AUGCAUUUGUUGGGAAGUAUUUUACUUGUCGUGAAUUUUGUCUACUGCACGGCUUACCGCACGCCGGUGAAUCAAAUCCCCAAUAUUAAUGGAAAUGAAAAUGUGAGUUACAAAAACUUGAGACUGGUUUAUUCCUGGAAAUCACUGGAUUUUGUGUUUCCUGAUGCUUGGACUCGGCAACAGGCUAUCAUAAACAGAGACUUUAUUCCUGGGGCGCCCUUUCCGAUUGAUGUUGAUGCUUCAGCUAGUCCGUUCGGGUCUCGAGUAUUCGUAACAAUUCCCCGUUUCCAAGAAGGAGUACCAGUAACUCUUGGGUACGUCUCUAAUUUGACUUCAUCAGAUGGCAGUCCUUUGAUAGCUCCAUAUCCUAAUUGGGAAAUGAAUCAAUUAGGAUACUGUAACCACAUCACAAGUGUGUACCGUAUCAAGAUUGACGAGUGCGGUAGACUAUGGGUGUUGGAUACUGGCAAACUACAGGACGAGCGAAAAUGCCCACCUCAACUAUUCAUCUUUGACCUGUCAACCGAUAGACUGAUUUCACGUUACCAAUUUCCAGAGAGUUUAUUAAAGCCUGAAUCGUUGUUAAUUACACCAGUAAUCGACAUCCGAGGACAAUGUUCGGACACAUUCGUUUACAUCGCAGAUGUCAGCGAGUUCCAGUUGAUUGUUUACGAUUUCAAAAACCAAAACUCAUGGAACAUUCAAAACAAUCUUUUUUAUCCGUAUCCUGAGCACGGACAUUUUACUAUUGCUGGCGAAAGUUUUGAUCUUAUGGACGGAAUUUUUGGAUUAGCUUUAGGACCAUUGACAGUAAAUAAAGAUAGAAUGUUGUACUUCCAUUCGCUGGCUAGCGUUGUUGAGAGUUAUGUGCCUACGUCUAUUAUCAGAAACUCAGACUUAUUUUUGAACCACCCAGACAAUGCUGCAUCCGCAUUUCAAUCCUUCAGGCAACACCGCUCUUCUCAAUCUGGUCCUCAAGCUAUGACAAACGACGGAAUUUUAUUCUACGGCUUAAUGGGAGAUACAGCUAUUGGUUGUUGGAACAGUAAAAGCUACCCGGAGUUCGGCGGACCUAACAUUGAUUACGCGGUUGUUAACAAUAAAACACUACAAUUUAUUUCGGGCUUGAAGCUUGUAACUGUAGGUAGCAAGCGAGAACAAAUUUGGGUGAUCACAGGACGCUUCCAAAAAUUUAUGACGGGCACCUUGAAUGCCCAAGAAGUUAACUAUCGCAUACAAGCUGCUUAUGUUGAAGAUCUAAUCAGUGGAACUAAGUGUAAACCAUCACAAGACAGUGGUCAUUAUCAUGGAACAAGUCAUCAAAACCCUUCAAGCUUACAUAAUUAUAAUUAUCAUCAUUCUCAUAAUCAUCACUACUAA